GGAGGGAAGAUCCCCAUCCGAUGGACGUCUCCAGAGGCUAUUGCCUACAGGAAGUUCACGUCAGCCAGUGACGUGUGGAGCUACGGCAUCGUCAUGUGGGAGGUGGUCUCAUAUGGAGAGAGACCCUACUGGGAGAUGUCCAACCAGGAUGUGAGUAGUUUCAUUAUGAUAAAGCACAGUGUCGGUGUAUAGCUGAUACGGUAAUGAUUCAUCAAUGAUUUUCUAUUGAUGGCUGUUCUUGUCAAUCAUGGGUUGGUUUGGCGCAAAAGCUAGGUGGACUCAGUUGGCUUUCUCUCCCAAACUCGGUGGGUGAUUACUGUGAUUGACUAAGGUCCAUCUAAUCCUCCCUUAUUUUUCUUUCUCUUUCUUCCUCUCUAGGUGAUCAAAGCGAUAGAUGAGGGUUACCGUCUUCCGGCCCCUAUGGACUGUCCUGUGGUCCUCCACCAGCUGAUGUUGGACUGCUGGGAGAAGGGCCGCAGCGAAAGGCCCAAGUUUGGGCAGAUCGUCACCACCCUGGACAAGCUGAUCAGAGACCCAGCCAGCCUCCGAGAGCUGGCCAACAGCUCAUUAUGGUGAGUUACAAUGGGUCAAAACCACAGGCACAAUCAGCACCACUAUAGAUCCAAACCCAGUCUUCAAGCACACACUGUCAUAUCCAGAAUAAACUAUUAGAACUAGUACUGUAUCUGGAGUGUUUUGUCUUAUUUAACUAUGCUGAAAAGAAUGUGCAUAUUCUCUCCUGUUUGCCCAGCAGGGAAGACCCGACCACUCCAGAGUUCAGUGUGAGUACGAUGGAGGAGUGGCUGGAUGCCAUCAAGAUGGGACAGUAUAAGGAGAACUUCUCCAGCGCUGGAUACGUCACCCUGGACUCUGUCCUCUACAUCAGCAUCAGGUGAGAGACAUGGGCAGAGCUUGCCUGGGCUGGUGCUGGGCUGGGGCUGAGGCUGAGGCUGAGGGCUGGGGAAAGGGGAGUAGGAGGAAGCAGAGCUGGAGAAAAGGGGAGUCUGUUAUCAAUUUUGUCAUUUUUCUAACUCCCUUCUUCCUCUGUCCUCUCCUGUAGUGAGCUCGUUAAGAUGGAUGUGACCUUGGCGGGUCACCAGAAGAAGAUCCUCUCCAGUGUCCAGAUCCUUCAGUCCCAGGGGACCCACAUCCAAGUAUAA